UUAGAGACCAACGUAAACCACUAGAAAUUGCGGCACCUAAUACCAACAAAAAACCUGUAGCUGAAGGCGAUUUGCUUUUCGGGUUUAUUUCUGAUAAAAAGGUUUGCACAGCAUUUGGUGAACGAUCUAUUCCUGUUGUAGAGUUAUCAGGAAGAUUUAUUAUGAGAGUUGAAUUGCUUGGAAGUAGUGGGCGCGAAGACUUCGACAAGCGUUCAACACCUGUAAUUUGUGAUUUUAGAUUUUCACCAUCCUUCACCGAAGUUAAAUGUCGAAUCG